GAAACCCCCAAAACGUUGGAAAGGCAUGGAAAAAGUAACAAACCCUAAUAAUCCUGUUGUCUUCUUUGAUGUUUCGAUUGGUAACACUGAUAUUGGAAGGAUAAAAUUUGAAUUGUUUGCGGAUGUUGUUCCAAAAACGGCAGAGAAUUUCAGACAAUUUUGCACAGGAGAGUAUAGGAAGGAUGGAGUACCAAUGGGAUACAAAGCCUGUACAUUUCACAGGGUGAUUAAAGAUUUCAUGGUACAAGGUGGAGACUUUAUAAAGGGAGAUGGUACAGGUGUCUGCAGUAUUUACGGAGGAGGACCUUUUGCCGAUGAAAAUUUUAAACUUAAACACACUGGGCCCGGAAUGCUUUCUAUGGCAAACAGUGGCAGAGAUACAAAUGGCUGUCAAUUCUUCAUCACGUGUGCAGCAUGUGAUUUCCUGGACAACAAGCAUGUUGUAUUUGGAAAAGUGAUUGAUGGACUUCUGGUUUUAAGAAAAAUUGAGAAUGUACCCACAGGGCCAAACAACAAGCCAAAGAUUGCUGUGGUCAUUACACAGUGUGGGGAAAUGUAAAGCUAAUACAAAUAGUACUUUGAAAAUGACUCAGAAGCUACUUGACAGGACAAAUCCAGGAGAUGGACAUGAAUGAUUUAGAGAGCUGUGUAUAAUCUGACCUGGUUAAAAGACACACAAAGGAGCAUCACAAUCUCACUUCAGCAGUGAGCUUGAAGUGAUAUAAAACGUUCAUGUAUCAACAAAAUACAGUGUAUUUGUUGUGCAGAAUGCCUAAGAGUGCAAACAAGGAAAAAGAUUAGCCUAUUUAGUUCCUAUAUAGUACCACAAUGUGUUCACUAUUGUUGUUACCAAGCAAGAAACUUUUACUUAGUUUUA